CAUCCGAUCUGUCCUCAGCCGGACACGCAGCGCAGCGCUCACACGGCGAGGAGGAGAGAGAUUAACAAAGGAAAACAAACUGAGCUGAAAUGCUCGUGGACCCCAGGACUGUCCGUCUUCUCGGCGCGCUGCUCUUCUAGGCCGGCCCAGCUUCAGCGGACUGUCUCUGCACUUUCACGUCUGAUCUGAUCUGAUCCGCCGCCUCUAUUGUCUGAAGCCAGAGGGUCACCAGAUAACAGCUCGCCAGGUCCCUGUCAGCGCGAGGCCGCGCGCGGACACAUCCUCCUCAGAAAGCACUGAAGUGAAGGCGCAGAUCGCUCAGUCUGCGGAGUCGGAGUUAGCGAGGCGAUCAGAGGGGAGGAAGAGGAGGAUGAUUGAGGAAAGAAGCCGCGGAGCCGCGCGCGCUUAGCUGGACAGCGGAGAGUAGACUUGGCUGGACCCGGCAGCACUUCACGGGAUAAAGGUGCGACGUCACUGGUGGUCUGAGUCCCCCAGGCCCCGCGCUGAGACCCGAGGAUUGGGCGGGAAGCUCGCGGCAGAGUGAAAAAUGAUGCUGAGCCCGGACCAGAGCGAGCCGGACCUGCCCUGGAGUCAGUCGGACGCCGAGACGGUGCUCGGGGACAUCAAGGCGAGCUGCCUCUCGGACGAGGCGGCGGAGGGAGAGGGCAAGGCCAAGCCGCUGGCCCCUCAGGCGCUCACCCGGGAGGAGAAGCGGCGGCGGCGGCGCGCCACGGCCAAGUACCGGUCGGCGCACGCUACGCGCGAGCGUAUCCGCGUGGAGGCCUUCAACGUGGCCUUCGGCGAGCUGAGGAAGCUGCUGCCCACCCUGCCCCCCGACAAGAAGCUGUCCAAAAUCGAGAUCCUGAGACUGGCCAUCUGCUACAUCUCCUACCUGAACCACGUCCUGGACGUUUAGCGGCUUCCGGCGACGGGCGGAAGGAGCGUCUUUUUAAAAAGAAAUAAAGAAAUAUGGCGUCGUUGUUUUGCAGUUUUUGGGGUGAAAUCUUGACUCGGCGGCAUUUCCCAGCUGAGAUGCCGUCUAAAAACGGGGUGGGAGGGUUGAAACCACUUGAUAGCGAGCACCCAGGUGCUGGUCCGACUGUAGGCAUUAGGCUAAUGAGGUUAUAACGUUGUUUUAGUCCCCUUUAACCGCGCUGAGGCUCCAAGAGCCGAGCACCAUUACAGACUGUGGUCCCUGCUGUAAACGGAGCAGAGCAGAGACGCAAUGAAGCCGAGAGGGACUUUAAAAUAACUCCUUCUUCGUGGCGGUGCUGGAUGACCACGACAGCACGGACAAGUGGAGAGAGCAGGACAGCCUGUAGGUCCUCGCCGCGCUGAAGGAAGGUUUACUGAGAAUGAACUAGACCAUGAAUAUGAACCCCCCCCCCCCCUCCCCCCCAUUAGCUGCUCCUUAGGCCUAGCAAGUAGUUUUCCAGUCAGGAAAAAAAAAAUAAAUAAAGACGUAUAAGUGCCACUUAAAUCUAUAACAUUGUGACCUUAACCAUCCUUAUUUAUUUAUUUAUUUAUUUAUUUAUUUAUUUAUUUAUUUAUUUGCUCGCUUCUUUUGUUUAUUUAUGAAUGAGUUGCUUUCCUUUGCCUCUCCUGUUUCUUUUUCUGCUGAUUUGUGUUCAGAAGGCGUUGUUUGUUUUUAGAUAAAUGUACAGUAUGUUGGGUGUUUGUACGUAGCCUACUGCUUAAGCAACGUUACCAUAUGUGUUAGACUGUGACAUUCAAGCAUUCAUGACAAGCAAACAACAACAACAACAACAAAAAAAAAUAACGUCCAACUGCACUUUUUUGAUGUUUAUUUCUACUGGAUAUAUUUUGUGCUGAAUUUAGAGAUUAGGCUGUUGACCAGAGAAAUGACGUAGCCUAGCUUAAUGCUUAAAUAAACAACACUGAAGCUGUAAUCA